AGCCAGCCAACCCCUGAAAAUGAAAAGAAAAAAGUCGUUAGCACACACAAUCCCCCCGUGUAUAAAUUAAAAACAACGCAGCACCUGACAAAUCGCAACUACAUACACCACUACUACCUGCCAAAAACCUCCCCUCCUUUCACUUCCCCAAUGCUCCUCCUCUGACCGAACCGCCUCGUUUUCAUCUCCCUCCCUCUCUCCAUCUCUCUCUCUCUCUCCCCCCCCAUGGCGUCGUCAAUCUCCGGUCUCUCCUCCUCACUCAACCCAUUGAAAUCAUCUCAUCCAACUCCCUCCCAGUUUCCUCUCACCAAACACUCCAUCUCAUUUCGCAGUCAAACUCACUCUUCCAAAGCUCAAUCUGUUGCGCGUGAGGUUCCUGCCAGUUUAUCCAAAGUCAACGUACUAAAAUCCAGCGAUUUAGGCUUGGAGAAAGAUCCCAAAGCGCUGUGGAAGAGAUAUGUGGACUGGCUGUACCAGCACAAGGAGUUAGGGUUGUUUUUAGAUGUGAGUCGAGUCGGUUUUACGGAUGAAUUUUUCGAAGAAAUGGAACCGAGGUUUCAAUCAGCGUUUAAAGCUAUGGAGGAACUCGAUAAAGGCGCUAUUGCGAAUCCUGAUGAAGGCAGAAUGGUAGGGCAUUAUUGGCUGAGGAAUCCGAAGCUUGCGCCUAAUUCAUUUCUGAGAUUGCAGAUUGAGAAUACGCUUGAAGCUGUUUGUAAGUUUGCGGAGGAAGUUGUCGGUGGGAAGAUCAAGCCCCCAACUGGUCCUGAGGGGCGGUUUACACAAAUACUUUCUGUUGGCAUUGGAGGUUCGGCUCUGGGACCACAAUUUGUUGCUGAGGCCCUGGCUCCUGAUAAUCCUCCUCUCAAGAUAAGGUUCAUCGACAAUACUGAUCCAGCUGGCAUAGAUCAUCAAAUUGCACAACUUGGAUCUGAGCUUGCAUCAACACUUGUAAUAGUGGUUUCCAAGAGUGGUGGUACUCCAGAAACUAGAAAUGGUUUAUUAGAAGUUCAGAAGGCAUUUCGUGAAGCUGGCCUGGAUUUUUCAAAACAGGGUGUAGCUAUCACACAAGAGAACUCAUUACUAGACAAUACUGCAAGAAUUGAGGGUUGGUUGGCAAGAUUUCCCAUGUUUGAUUGGGUGGGUGGUAGAACUUCAGAAAUGUCUGCUGUCGGUUUACUUGCAGCGGCACUUCAGGGAAUUGACAUAAAAGAAAUGCUUGCUGGUGCAGCACUGAUGGAUGAUGCAAAUAGGACUACUGUGGUUAAAAACAACCCUGCUGCAUUGCUGGCUUUGUGCUGGUAUUGGGCUUCUGAUGGAGUUGGAUCAAAGGACAUGGUUGUCCUUCCUUACAAGGACAGUCUAUUGCUGUUUAGUAGGUAUUUGCAACAACUGGUGAUGGAAUCACUUGGGAAGGAAUUUGAUCUAGAUGGCAACCGGGUGAAUCAAGGGCUUACUGUUUAUGGAAAUAAAGGAAGCACAGAUCAGCAUGCCUACAUUCAACAGCUAAGAGAUGGAGUGCACAACUUCUUUGUGACUUUUAUAGAAGUGCUACGUGACAGGCCCCCUGGUCAUGAUUGGGAACUUGAACCAGGGGUCACCUGUGGGGACUACCUGUUUGGAAUGCUACAGGGAACAAGGUCAGCUCUCUAUGCCAAUGGCCGAGAAUCUAUUACAGUAACUGUGCAGGAAGUGACACCCAGAUCAGUUGGGGCUCUAGUAGCAUUGUAUGAGCGAGCAGUUGGAAUUUAUGCAUCACUGGUUAAUGUUAAUGCAUAUCAUCAACCAGGUGUGGAAGCUGGGAAAAAAGCAGCAGGAGAGGUAUUAGCUCUUCAGAAGAGGGUUCUUCAAGUACUAAACGAGGCCAGCUGUAAAGAGCCUGUUGAACCAUUAACACUGGAGGAAGUAGCAGACCGUUGCCAUUGUUCUGAUGAUAUUGAAAUGAUUCACAAGAUUAUAGCGCACAUGUCUGCCAAUGACAGAGUACUUAUUGCCGAAGGUAGUUGUGGUUCACCUCGGAGCAUAAAAGUGUUUCUUGGAGAGUGUAACGUGGAUGAUUUGUAUACCUAAGUUGCUUGUAGACAGAGUCAACAUCCUUGAGUUUUCAAAUUUAAACCAGCACUCGUUUGAGUCCUUAGAGAGCUAAUUGUAUGCAUUUUGUUCCCUCAAGAGUGAUUUACCAAAACUUCUGCAAAAUAAAAUCUUUAACAUUUUGUGCCUAUAAGUUUUUGUUUAAAUUUUCCCUAAACAGGGAUAGUAUAUCAUGUGUGUAUCGAAAUCUCAGGUAUAAUUGAUAAAAACACUCUUGAUCUUA